AUGGCUGGCCACAUUCCGAAGUUUGGAGAUGCAAACCACGGCAACUACUCGGAAGUGUUCGGUGCACCAACCCGGCUAAUCGGGAGAAAUGGGUCAGGGGACGUAGCAAAAGGGUUGAACAAUCAGGGGGGAAAUUCCAGAGGGGGUGCCCCUGCUGGCCGCGGUGAUUUACCAGGGCAGGAAAAAGAUGCUUCAGCGGACUCUCGGAUGAGACGGGGAGGGCCAGGUUCGAGUGAAGGAUCAGGCAAUCUUCGUAGUGCAGGAGGCUCCGGGUCGUACGAGAAAGAGGUUCCCCCGAGGCGGCAAGGUUCUGGAGGAAAGCAAGGUUCUAGUGAGAGAGAGGGUCAAGGACUUCGAAAAUCUCAAGACAAUAUUUUAGGAUCCGGCAGGCCGCGUCAAGUGGUGGGUCGCGGAGCUCCAGGAAGAAUCAACGAUUCAUCCUCCAAAGGUGGGCGCACUCCGAGACGGGAUGACGACUAUGCAGGCGCUGGCCACCUUCCCAAGUUCGGCGACUGGGAUGAUAACGCAGGCGACAGCAACUACACAAUGAUGUUCCAGGCUGCUGCUGAGGAUCGCAGAGGGGUCCCUGCGAGCCAUUCCAGACCGGAAGGUGAACAAAGAGGGGGUCACUACAAACCCAAUAACUCCAAAAAGACUGCCUCAUCAUGCUGGUGCUUUGGUGCAUAG